AUGUCUGAUUCUAGUUGCCCUCGUGAAAAUCAUUUGAAAGGAAAGUUCAAGGGGAUGCUUGACCAGCUCAUGGGCGCAGACCGCCCAUGCCCUACUGCUUCAAGGUUGGAGUUCAUGACUCCCACCCUGACAGAUAGCAUCCUGAUGAGAUUUAGGUCCAUUAUGAGGGUGCCGGGGGUUAUGGGGGGAGGAAUGUCUCUGGUUCUGCCUUUUCCCCAGAAGUCAAAAGACCAGACUGGACCACAAAAAACCAUGGUCUGCGGUCUUUUUGCAGUCUAUAGACCAGUUUCGGUCUGCAUCAGUUUUAACCGGUUUAUGACCAGUCUUUAG